AUGAUUGAAUAAUUAAAAAUGGCAAAAAUUCAUUUGGACAAUCAAUUCAAUCAAAGCAGUUCACAUUAGGCUGCCAUCUUAGAGGAGGAUCUCUUUGAUGAAGACGAAAUAGAACAAUUUCGACCAAAUUCGCUUCCAAUGAUGUCUGAAGGUUAUGGAAGAUAAUGUGCAGAAAAAAAUAUAAUGAUCAAAAUCUUAGCUAUGGGAUUUGAUUAAUAUUACUCAGAAGAAAUAUUAAAAAGUAUAAUUGAUGAAGAUUUCAAAACCCUUGAUGAGAAUAUGAUUUUAAACAAGGUGAUCUCAGCAAUUUUGAUUCUAAAUAAUUAUUAAAAUGAGGAUUAGACUUAACAGAGAAAACACAGGCAAGAACUAAUUGAUAUGUUGGGAACAAUGAGUCCAAACUUAAUGAGUUACUUAGGAUAUAAGAGUAAUAGAUAAUCACAGUAGCUUCUUACUGUUAUUUGUGGAAUUUGUAUGGAACAAAUAAUUGAUGACCGUUGCCCAGAAAUGGAUUGUUGUCACACUUUUUGUUUAUCUUGUAUGAAAGCCUAUUUAAUAGAUCGAAUUGUGAAUGGAUAAGUUGAUCAAAUGAUAUGUCCAUAAUCUGAUUGUAAUUUCUAAUUGAGCGACGCUUACAUAAGAUAGAUUGUGGAUCCAGAUAUGAUGUAAAAAUUGAGAAGGUUCAGAAAAAUCAAAUAGCUGCAACAGGAUCCUGAUAUCAUUUGGUGUCCAAGAGUAGGUUGCGAAGAAACACUCAAGAGGAGUGGUUAAAAAAAAUUAAGAUGUAAAUGCGGUUAAUAAAUAUGUCGUAAGUGUGGGAGAGAAAGACAUUAAGGAUAGACAUGCAAUGAUCAAAUUGAUAAGGAUUUUAAGAAAACUAUCAAAAAGUUAAAUAUCUAAAAAUGUUUGAAAUGCAAAUCUCCAAUCUAAAAAAAUGAUGGGUGCAAUCAUAUGACUUGCAAAACCUGCAAAUAUGAAUUUUGCUGGCUAUGCAGAUCCAAAUAUAGUUAUCGUCAUUAUUCAAAUUACAAUAUUUUUGGAUGUCCAGGGAUGCAAUUUACACAAAGAGAUCCGUUUAAAUAUCCAAAUUUAUACAGAUUUAUAGCAAUUCUAUUGAUUUUGAUAUUGGGACCCCCAUUGUUUAUUGUGGCCUUGGUGUUGGGAUUUAUAGUUUUAGUAAUUGGAUUGCCAGUUAUAUUCUAUAUGAACUAUGUUCCAUAUCAUCAAUUCGAAGAAUAUAGCUGCUGCAAAAAAACAACUAUUAUUAUUGCCUUCAUUAUAGCCUGUCCCCUGUUAUCUCCAAUUUGUUUUCUACUAGUCAUUUUAGGGAUUGUCGUGGCCAUAAUUGUUGGAAUACCCUAUUGCAUAUAUCUAUUCAUCGAUUGGCUAAGAUAUGGAUGA